AUGUACAAGCCAAAAUCUCUGACAGUUUUUUCAUUGGCUAUUGGAGAUGUUUUCUUGGCAUUGUUUUCCAUGGUUGUCUAUACGAAAUAUUUGUUUGAAGAUGACUUUUUUGAAAACCAUUGCCACUUAUUUAUAACUGCCGGAGUUUACCGAUUCUAUCUCAAUACAUUCGUGUACGGCAUUGGGUUAAUUGUGUUAGGGUUAGAAAUAAUUCUACAUCACAGGAUCUCCUGCCUAAGUAAACUAUACCAGGUCGUCUGCUCCAUGGUUGCCAGCAGUAUUCCAUGGAUUCUCGGGCUUAUCAUUAUCUUACCUCUUGCUUUGGCUAACAUUGAUGUCAACCAUUGCAGAUCGACAAGCUCUAGGGAUCAACUGAAAAACUUGCUUGUUGUAAGCAUUAUAAUACCAGCAAGUGGUGCCAUCAUUACCUCUGUGUUGACCAUUGUUUUUGUGAAAUGUGGAGUCAAAGUCCUAAACCAUCAAGCAGUAAGUAACAACCCAGAAAACAGAGUUACUGUAAUGGUUCAAAACACAGCUUAUGUGAAUAAUCUAAAUGUUCACCAACAUGAACCUAUUCCAACAGAACCAGACAAUCAACAUCUGCAACCUUUAAUGUUAGCUGAUUCGAACCAAGCACAACAUCCGCACUGUCUGCAAGAGUUUUACAAUCUACCAAUAACGCAGCCUUGUGCGCUACCAACUCGGCCACAAUACACACGCAAUCGUGGUCUAUUUCUGGCAGAUCCUACUCCCAUGGCAUCUAUAGUUACAUCGGAAGACGUCUCGUCCAUCUCAAAGCAUAAAGUUUUCAGACUUUUGAUUGUUUCAUUUGUCUAUUUUAUGCUAGUUGCUCCUUUAGCUUUUGACGAAUUUGUCCAUUUAAUGAAAAAGACUGACAAAAAAUCAGAAUCUGCAGUUGUUGAUGUUCUUCUACCUCUCUCUUGGCUUCCUGUUAUUCGUUGUUUUAUCACACCGGUAAUUAUGUAUGAUUAUUCAGAUAGCUAA